AGUUACAAACAAUUUCGAUGAAAAAAUGUACAUACUAUUUUUAAUCUGUCAGAGAUCUUAAUUCAACUUGAAAUAAUUAAAGUUUUCAAUCAGUCGGGUAUUGACAAAAACCCGUAUCUGAAAAUAAACUCGUCCUUGUGCAUAGGAAAUAAGGCCAGUCUAUUUACAGAAAUAGACAAAUACAAUGUUAGGAUUUUGACAUGGCGGGUGCAAAACUAGCCGUUCAUGUUGUGCAGCUGAAACCAGUGAUAGUUCCGGAAACACUAGUGAAAGGAAAUAAAUUCAUAAAAUGGGACGACAAUUCUACAAUAGGUCUGCCAGUGACCUUGAGGGUGGAUCCCAAGGGAUACUAUUUAUACUGGAGGGAUCAGAACAAGGACAUGGAUUGUCUGGAUAUUUCCUACAUCAGAGACACUCGCACUGGCAAAUAUGCAAAAGUACCCAAGGAUGGCAAACUGCGCGAGACCUGCCUGAUUGGUCCGUCUGAUGUGCCCCUGGAGGACAAGACAGUGACCAUCGCAUAUGGCAACGAUAUGGUCAACAUUGAGUUCUACAACUUUGUGUGCGCUAGUCGAGAACUUGCAACGUUUCUGUGUGAAGAACUCUUAAAGUAUGCAAACAACCUUCUGGCCCUCAAUGGGAGCUGCCUCACGUUUCUAGAGAAGGCUCACACACGGCUUACCCAUGUCCUUGAUGUCAACGGGAAAAUACCAGUCAAAAACAUCACAAGAAUGAUCACGAAGGACAACAAAGAUGACAAGAAGCGAGUAGAGAAAGCCCUGGAGACCAUGGACUUCAAGGCUUCCAAGACUGACACUAUUGACCCCAACAAAUUCACAUUUGAUGAUUUCUUCACAUUCUAUCGGCAUUUGAUUGGAAGAACAGAAGUUGACAAAGUAUUUGAUGAAAUAGGAGCGAAAAAGAAGCCGUAUCUAACGUCAGAGCAGUUUGUCAAGUUCCUGAAUGACACUCAGCGAGACCCGCGCCUCAACGAGAUCCUGUACCCGUACUUCACUUCCAAGCAGGCCCUCGAUUUGAUCAACAAGUAUGAGACCAAGCCCAGCAUGGCUGCAAAAGGUCAUUUCUCCCAGGAAGGUUUCCUGAAGUUCCUGAUGGGUGAAGACAACAACCUGAUACCAGCCGAGCACCUUGACCUCAACCAAGACAUGACCCAGCCCCUGAGCCACUACUUCAUCAACUCCUCCCACAAUACCUACCUCACAGGCCAUCAACUGACGGGCAAGUCGUCGGUCGAGGUGUACAGCCAGGUGUUGUUGAGUGGAUGUCGCUGUAUUGAGCUGGACUGCUGGGACGGCAAGGGGGCAGAUGAGGAGCCCAUGAUCACACACGGAUUCACCAUGUGCACAGAAGUACCAUUCAAGGAUGUGAUAGAAGCAAUAGCACACAGUGCCUUUAAAACAUCUGACUAUCCUGUCAUAUUGUCGUUUGAAAACCAUUGCAGUCAGAAGCAGCAGGCAAAGAUGGCUGCACAUUGUCGCAACAUAUUUGGUGACAUGCUGCUGAUAGACCCACUGGACGGAUUUCCGCUCGAGCCCAAUUUCCCACUCCCGAGUCCAGAACUUUUGAAAAGGAAAAUUAUUGUUAAAAACAGGAAAAAACAUUACCACAAAAAACAAAUUCCUGCGGAGCAAACAAAAACCCCAACAACAAAUCCACGAACGAGUCGCAAGCAAGUGAGCGUGGAUAACUCUGGCGGGGAGGAAAUGUCCACAUCCCUGACUGGCACGCUGCCACCUGCUGUGGAAGAAGUACCGCCGACGCCGACGGCAACUGAAAAGCCUCCCGAUGGGAACGUUGAGGAUCAGGGUGAGCUGGAAGAGAGUGACUCGUCUGAGAGUGAUGAUGACGACGAGGUACCGGGAUUGACAGAAGAACGAUUGAAACAAGAAAAGGGUACGGCUGGUUCAGAAGCUGAGGCCGGCAGUGAGAUGUCGGCACUUGUGAACUAUGUGCAGCCAGUCCAUUUUCACUCCUUUGAGGUUUCAGACAAAAAAGGAAGAGCAUAUGAGAUAUCUUCAUUUGUUGAAACCCAAGCUACAAAUCUUUUGAAAGAAUACCCUGUGGAGUUUGUCAAGUACAACAAAACAAGAAUGAGUCGAAUAUAUCCAAGAGCUACAAGAUUUAAUUCAUCAAACUUUAUGCCACAGAUAUUUUGGAAUGCUGGUUGCCAACUUGUUGCCUUGAACUUCCAAACACUAGAUCUGGCAAUGCAACUGAACCUGGGAAUAUUUGAGUACAACUGCAGGUCUGGCUACAUUCUGAAACCUGACUUCAUGCGACGUUUUGACAAGCACUUUGACCCCUUUGCAGAGUCUGUCGUAGACGGUAUUGUUGCAGGCACUGUGUCUGUAAAGGUCAUCUCUGGCCAGUUUCUGUCCGACAAAAGAGUGAGCACAUACGUUGAGGUAGACAUGUUUGGGUUGCCAACAGAUACACACAGGAAGAAGUUCAGGUCAAGAACUGUGCAAAACAAUGGUAUCAAUCCAGUCUAUGAUGAACCACCAUUUGUGUUUAAAAAGGUUGUUUUACCCAAUCUGGCUGUGAUUCGUAUUGGCGUAUACGAGGAGACAGGGAAGAUGAUUGGCCACCGAGUGUUGUACGUCCAGGCACUCCGACCAGGGUACCGGCACAUCAGUCUCCGUAAUGAGUGCAACCAGCCACUAGUGUUGCCAAGUCUUUUUGUGCACAUAUCUGUGAAGGACUACGUCAUGGACAUGCAUGCAGAAUUUGCGGAGGCGCUGGCUGAUCCACUUAAGCACCUGAGCAAAAUGAGCAAGCACAAGAAACAGCUUGAAGUCUUCUUCCCUGAUGAUGAUGAUAAGGUUGAUAAGGUUGACGUUGGAGAAAAGCAGGAUGAUGGGGCAGAGAAACGUCAAGGAAAGCUUAGCGAUGUUACACGACCAUCGGAGCCUAGUUUCUCUCCAAUGACAAAAAAUGGUCGCAAUGGAAGCCUGCCAAAUAUAAAUGGUGCACCUGAGCCAAUUCUGAGACGGACUCCUUCAAACCCACACUCCACCCUGACCAAGAAAGACAGCACUUUCUCCAAUAACUCGGACGGUUCAGGGUGCAUGAACUCCCUUAGAACUAGAUUCAGUGAACCCAACUUGUUGACGCCCACCCCCCUUAGAGAGCUACAGAAGGAGAAAGCACACCUGAAAAUGCUACACAAAAGAGAAAAAGAUCUGGAAAUACUAAAGAAGAAACAUGAAAAGGAACAAGACAGCCUGCGAGAGAUGCACAGUAUACGAGAGGAGAAGCUUCUAGCGCAGCAGCAGAAGGAGUUGGCAAACAUCAGCAAGACACACUCGAAGCUGGUGAAGAGAGCGUCGAAGUCAGGGUCGGCUCCCGAGGUCGAGAAGGAGAAUGCUGCCAAGCUAGACGAGCUCCUUCUACAGCAUGAACAAGAUCUGAAGGUACUACAAAAGUCGCAGGCGGAGGUGUUUGUAAACCUGUGCAUGGACCAAUACAAGCGGGAGCUGGACCUGAGUCUGAGGCACAGUGACCCCAUUUACGACACACUGCAGCUAGUGAUGGACCAAGACCAUAAGGAGCACGAACACAAACUUAAAGCUAUUCAUGACCAUGAAGUUAAGGAACUCACUAAACAAAUGGAUGCCAGAACAAAAGAGGAGAUGAAACAACUACAGAAAAAAUCAAAAGACAAACAGGCAGUUAGCAGAUUAAAACGAGAAAACCAGAAAAGGCACAUUGACACUGUAGUGGCUGAGAGGCAAAAGCUUAAGGAGAUGUUAGACAACCGUCUAGACGAUCUGAGAAAGAAACAGGAAGACAUUAAGGACCAGCUGGUGUUUGAUAAAGCAGAGAUGGAGAAAAAACUAGUUGAUGAGUUCAAUCAGAAAUGUGCGCGUCUGAAGGAGCAACACCGCCACCUACUAGAGCUUGACCUGACAAUGCCAAGGUCACGUGACCCCAUGGACCCUGACCUCUCCCCCUUGAAUGGGGGCAGCGAGCAUGUGAUCAAGACCCACUUAUAGCAUGCACAAUUUAUGCAGCACAGGGAGCAUAACUGAUAGAAACUGUACUCUCUCUCGCAUAAAUGUGAAGGUUUUUUUUUCAGUUUGCUGGGGUUUGGAACAUUUUUAGAACAUGCCUGUGCAAAUACCUUAUUACUUUUCUGCCAACAAAUUUGUUUGAAAAUUGUCCUAAGACUUGAUUAAAAAAAAUCUUCUCUUAUGUAUGCUGAUGAGCUUAGUUAAAGAAUAUUUUAAAGUUCAGUUAUAAAUGUUGACAAUGUGUUGGUGAGUACAUACUCAGCUGUGUUUUUCACUUCAUGUUCGCAAAAUUCUUGUGCUCUUCUUGACUUGGGAAUCAAUUUUAAGAGAACUUUCUUGAUCUCCUGCUACAAAGUUGUUGUUAUAAAUUGUCUGUUGUUGGCCAUUAAAUAUUUUUAAUUUAAUUUGAAAUCUUAUUUUUAGCUCACCUGAGCACAACAUGCUCAGUUGUGCUCAUCGUGAGCUUUUGGGAUCGCCUUUUGUCCGUUGUUCGUCGUGCAUGCAUCGUGCGUGCAUGCGUCGUCAACAUUUUACCUUGUGAACACUCUAGAGGCCACAUUUCUUAUCCGAUCUUCAUGAAACUUGGUCAGAACAUUUGUCCAGAUGAUACCUCGACUGAGUUCGAAACUGGGUCAUGCUGGGUCAAAAACUAGGCCACUAGGACAAAAAAUAGAAAAACCUUGUGAACACUGUAGAAGUCACAUUUGAUGCCCAAUCUUCAUGUAAAUUUUGCCAAAAUGUUUGUCUUAAUGAUAUGUUGGUUGAGUUCAAAAAUUGUUCCGGUCCGUUGAAAAACAUGUCCACCAGGGGGCGGGGCAGUAUUUCUUAUAUGGCUAAUUAGAAACCUUGUGAACACUCUAGAAGUCACAGUUUUUGCCCAAUCAUCAUGAAACUUGGUUAAAACAUUGGUUUUAUUGAUAUCUCGAAUGAGUUCGAAAAUGGUCCAGAUCGGUGAAAAAACAUGGCCGCCAGGGGGCGGGGCAGUUUUCUCUAUAUGUAUAUAGUGAAGACAUUUGAACACUCUAGAAGUCACAUUUUUGGUCCAAUCUUCAUGAAAUUUGGUCAGAACAUUUGUUUCCUGGAUACGACGGUUUAGUUUGAAAAUGGUUCAGAUCGGUAAAAAAACAUGGCUGCCAGGGGGAGGGGGGUCUUUUUCCUUAUAUUUAUAUAGUAAAAAAGCUUGUGAACACUCUAGGAGUCACAUUUUUUGCCUAAUCAUUAUGAAAUUUUGUCAAAACAUUGGUUAUGUGGAGGAUACCUCGGACGAGUUUGAAAAUACAUGUAGUCGUGAACAUUUGAAAAACAUGGCCAUAAUAACAGAGGAUUGUUAUGUUGAUGAUUGGUUGGGGAUGAAGUGCAACAAACGUAUUUUUGCCAUCUGAAAACCCUUUAUUAAAUAAUCUCAAUAUUUUAAGUAGUAAUAUUGAUUUCACAGAAUUUUACUUAGGGGAGAAACAACUGUAUAUAACAGUUUAGAGUCAGGCCCCAAAUUCCUGUGCUGGCCACUUUUCACACAUUUUGUUGCAUGUAAUUUAAUGACCACAGGCCAAUGAAAUAACCAUUAGCCACAACAGGUACCUCAUUAUCUCUGACAGUUGCUUGAUGCCUUACCCCUUGUUUACAGCCCUUUGCAGUGAACAGCAUGGAACAGCAAUUGCUAUGCAGUGGUAUCAAUAUAGAGAUAAACACAUAAAUACAUCUGUCUAGCAUUUAUUUUCGUAUAAAAAUCAGCAUGCUGACUGCAUAAAAAGAACAGAUUACAACAUUGAAGCAAGCUCUUGAAAUAGCAAAAUUAUGUACUUAUAUAUUUCCAAGAAAGGUUUAAACAAUAUAUAUAAAUUUAAUGGGCGUGAUAUUUCAUAUUUCUUAGCUUUAAGUACAGUGAUGCCUGAUUGAACUUACUCAAUAUGGCUAUUAUUUAACUUAUAACUAUCACAAAGUCCCAGUGUAUAUUAUUAAUAUCAAGAAGAAAAAGUAAAGAUAUGUACGUAAUAAUAUCCUUUACAGCUUAGGCAACAACUGUUGUCAAAAUUCAAUUAUAUUGUUCAAUAAAAAAUAGAUUGAAAUAUUCUCCAACUUUACUGUUGAACAUUUAUUGACAAAAAACUAUCGUGUCUACAUGUACACAUAUCAUUUCACAGAUAUACUUUGUUCAAGAAUUAAAGAGAUAUAGAAAAUGUACUUAAAACCAACUAUUUGCGAUACUUAUGAUAUUAAAUGCAGCUUGUAUUUGAGAAUAAAUUUCACAAUUUAAGUGCAUUUUAGUUUUGCAUUGGUUGUAAAUAAAGAGUAGAAGCGUAGAGGAAUUGUUUACAAACACCACUUAAAUAAUAUGUAAAUAAUUAACAAAUAUUAACUCUUAAAUGAAGUAUGAAAUUUCAUUUUAAAUCAUAAAUACAGAUUGAUAUACAAAAGUCAUGUAGGCCUACAUGUAUGAUAUGUGAAAUACAGUAUUAUGUGAAAGUCAGAAAUACAAUUAUUCUAAUUAAUUUUAUAUACAGACGUACGUCAUGUAUGAUAUGUGAAAUGCAGUAUUACUUGAAAAUCAUAGUAUCAUAGUUCUAAAUAACUUUGAAUGGAAAAACAGUGAAAACGUUUUUUAAUAAUAGAGCACACUAAGUCUGUACUACCGCCUGUCUGCUCAGCACUUGUCCUCUUUUGAAGAUUUUACACUAAAUAAUCGAACUAUAAAGCGCAAGUUAAGUAUGUAUGCUCGUCUGUAUGAAGUACUUUUAUUUCCACCUUCCCAGAAUAGUUUAGUUCCUUUGGGUCUCAGGUGAGCGCCUUAGGGCCCAUGGCCCUCUUGUUUCUCAUUUUUGAAGCAUUUGAUCUCUUUGGAUGCCAAGAAUUCAAGCAAUAUUAUCAACACACAGCACCCAAUUAUGCAACAUAAUUUCAAUAACAGUUUGGUAAUAGAAUAAUAGGAAUGGACAGAUAAAAUCAAACAGUGUUUGCAAUACUUUGUUUACAGAAGCCAGAAUUCCGUGUUUCAUGCUUUACAAUAUGCUUGUAUUUCUAACGAUCAUAUUUAACCGAGUUAAAUAUGGUUCAAAGAAUAAAUAUGAGGGUCAGUGUUUUCAUUUGAAUAUCAUAUUAUUUAUUGACUAUUAAAAUUCUUGUAACAGUUCAACAAUAACCACUAUCCUUUGUUCAGUCUUUUAGAUUAUCCAAUUAGAAUGACUGGAACAUAUAGUAACUCAAGCUGUUUAUGGCACUUGCAGAUUAAUUAUUUCAACAGUCAGUUUUAAUUGUCUACAAAUUUCAAUUGAUUACUAGUUAUGUGACAGUCUAUUUCUUGUGACCAAAUUUGUCACUCAAAUUGUCUUUCAUGGAGCCAGUACAUGUAUUUCUAUGUGUUUCAGUUUGUAAGUGAAAAAUCAUUCUUUACACUGUUUAGUUAUGUCAGUAAAUUUCAUGUUUGCACUGCUAUUUUUAAGAUGAUGCAAUUAUUUGAUGAUAAUUUGACUGCUUCAAAUCGCAAUAUGUCUUGUUUACCAAAAGCUUCAUGCAAAUCUGAGUGGAAUCUCUCCUUGCAUUCUGGUUUAGUAGUGCUGCCCGUGUAGGGUGCAUAUAGGUCAUAACUGAGGUUAAUUUCCACAGUGUUACAUUCCAAUAUAUGUGUUAUGCUUUGUCUUGUCUUUAAUUCCCCUUGAAUGUUGAACCGGUACCAGUGGAGGCUUUCGGUGCAUAAUUAGAUGUGAACAUUUUUUUAGUUUGACUGUUAGGAAUCAUUGUGUGUAUGAUUGCUUUGUAUUUAAACAGCUGUCCCCAAAUGAAAAUUGUAAAUGAUCUUUAUAUCCAAUUUCGCCAUUUCCUGUAUAUGUUACAAUAUGUAUUUUUAUCUUGAGUUAUACUUAUUGAGGAACAGGCUUCUGUGUUAUGAAUUAGGAUUUCAUGCGGUCAAUGUUUUCUUAAUUUUAUGGAGUGAUAUCCCGGAAUCUGUCAUGAGAGAUAAAUGAUCAUAUAGAUUCUGUCAUAAAUAUCUCAUGUUUAAACCUUUUUCAUCUCAUUCAUUAAUGAUUUAAUUACAGGACCAUUUUGUAGAUGCAUCUUUACGGUUCAGUAGUGAUCCAUUUUAUUGAAAUGUUUGAUGCGUAUAGCUCUUUUCGAUAUGUGUUAUUUAUAUGUAGAUGUAGUUCUGUAGGUGUCUAUUGAUGUACACAUUUGUGGUGCUGUAAACAUGUGUGUCAUGGUAAGUGUAGUGCUUCAAAAUCAUUUAACGCACAUGCACAAGUGUUUUAGCCCUCCAAAGAUGCAUGUUGGUCAGAUAACUUGAAAUUAUUGAGAUAUUUUCGAGGGUUCAGUGCAAAACUGUUGUAGCUGCUUAUUAUUUCUAUAACAGGUACUAUAGUUUUGAGUUUGAGCCUCAAUGUGCACAGUCAUGUAUAUACACAAAUGUUUAUACAAAAAUUACAAGCUUUCCUUUAUCGACAAAUGUAUUGUUAAUUGGUUUUACACACGUUUAUUCGACUGAUCAAUGAUUUUGGAUAAAAAUCGCAGGCAUGCUGACUUGAUCUAUGAAAUGAGCUCUUUGGUCUUUAUGCAAAUAAGUCAGGGAUUGUGGUUUCAAAACAUAAACAGUCAGUAUGUCACUCGGAUUAUGUUUAAUUGUGGUGCAUUUUAAUAUCCAUUUCCUUGUUAUGUAUGUUUGUUUUUAUUAAUGAUUUUAUUAAUGGUUAUAAUAAAUUCUAUGUUAUGAUUUCAUAUUUUUUGUGAUCUUGUUGAUUAAAUAAUUGUUUUUGUUGAGUUGAUAUAAAAUACAUUGGUAUAAGGGUGCAAUUACAUUGUGAAAGCUCACCACAAUCUAUCUCAUUAUUACAUAUAUGUCCAGGUAACUUUUAUAUGGAGUCAUACAAAUUAAGUUAUAUCAAGAUAUAUUAUAGCCUCAUCAAGUCCUAUGGCAUAAGGGUUUGUCAUGCAACAAACAUUUACAAUGAUUGUUUUUUGAUGCAUGAAAUAAAUUGUAAAGCAUUUUCAAUAAUACCUUGGGCAAUGGUUUGGUGGUUUUGUUGUACUUUUUAAUAAAAAAAAUAAGUACGCAUGCCAUAAAUUAUUUUAUAUGUUAUGUCUGUUCUCCUAUUUUAAGUAAGGAUUCAUGUAAAAAUGUGAUUUUUAUAGCUCACAUCUUGUCUUUAGCUAAUCUAUUCAAAUAUUUUAAAUAGAUAAUAACAUGUUUUUUUGUAAACCCUAUUUUCCAUAUUAUUUAUUAAAUGGUUUUAAUAUCCUAGUAUACCAAUAUAGUUUUGGUGGGUCUGGCAAAGAUUGCAUACCCAUUCUGUAAGGAACAUAAAACAUUAAUCAUAUCUGUACAUUUCUUCAUACUCAAAUUGUGCAAGAAAGAUAUAGUGUCUAAGCUGCUGCGCUAUAAACAAUAACAUAUUUUUUCUCUAAAAAAAAGCUUCUUUUUUUGUCUCACAGUAAUGAGUAUGUAAAUUGUCUGUCAAGUGCAUGUGUAUGUCUAUCAAAAAACUCAUAAUAUAUGGUGAUAUGGGAAAAUGGGCCUUAAUGCAUAUAACUAAAGUUUCGUCCCAAUCCGCAUAGGCUAAUCAGGAUAAUCUGGGACGACACUUUAUGCUAAUGCAUUAAGCCCAGUUUUUCCUGAAUUAGGCACAUAUGUUGACUUAGUUACUUGUAUCCAAUAAAACGAUCAUGAAACUGAAUUCAAAAUGUGUUCCCUUUUCCUGAGUGCUAUUAGAGUUAACCAUGAAAAUUAAGUCUGAUUAUUGUGUCUUACAAACAUUAUUGUGCAAACAUUUACUAAGUACAUGUAAGAAAUGACUCAAAACAGAAACAGAAUAUUUGACAAUUUACACGUUAGUAUUGACCGUAUAUGCACAACUGAAGUGUGUAUGUAUAUUUUAUUUUUCCAUGUGAUGUAUUUAGUUCUAUUUCACCAGAUUAUUUUAUAGGUUUUGAUUUUGUUUAGCUCAAAAGUAAGUUAUAGAAGCGCUUUUAAGGGACUUUUUUUUCAUUUAAAUGUUAAAGAUAAGGUUAAAAUUUUGUAGUGAAGUGCGGAUAAAAAAAAUCAGAAGUUUAUCAAUCAUACUCAUGCAUGUUCUUAUCUUUGUUUGCAAAAGCAUAUAUCUGUAAACAUUGAUAUUGCUACAGAAAGACAUCGCUUUGGGGAAAUGCAAUAUAAAACAUUAUUUUAUACGUAUUUAUAUCCGCCAUCAACUCUUUUUGUUCACAUAAUAUACCACAUUUCUGUCUAGCGGUUUCACCACGUUUGAAACUUUAAGUAGGAACGCUGUUUUUAGAGGUCUGACUGUAAUUUGGGACCUGAUGUUAUUUUUUUUACAAAUUGUAAUUAAUUUAUUGGAUAUGAUGCAGAGAUGUUCCUGUUUAACGUUUCUGCUUUGGAGACUUUGUUAUAUUUGUGAUAUAUUGUACAUAUAGUAGGAAUACAUAUAAAUAAUGAAAACAAUGCUCUAUGUUUGUGACCAAUUUUGUUAAUUAUGUACCUUUAUUGUUGAUUUGGUUAUAUCUGUCCGCUGUGGUAUGUUCGUUCAUUGAUAAUCCCCCGACGCAAAUCAGUAGAGGGAUUAUGGGAAUGCCAUUGCCCAGGGGGAUUAUGUGAAUGCCAUUGCCCAGGGUAUGGGAAUGCCCUUGCCCCAGAUGUAUUGUGGGAAUGCCCUUGUCAUUCAUCAGUCCAUAACACUUUUAUGUCUUCUCCAUAUUAUCUUUUUUAGGGAUUUUCAUGAAAUGUAAAGGGCAUUUAGAGAAUUUGCAGAAGGCAUAAGUCAGUAAUGAUUUCAAGAUUAAGGUCAUACAUCAAUGUCAAAAGAUGGAGACUUUUGUCCUUGUCUGGUCCAUAUCUCCUAUUCGCAUGAAAGGAUUUUCAUGAAACAUUGUUUAAAUGUUUAAAUUAGAUGAAACUUUGGGCAGAAAGCAUCAGUCAGUCAUGCCUGCUUAAGCUGGAGGUCAUUCUCCAAAGUAAAAAGUUAAAGCCUGUUAUACUUGUCUGGUCCAUAUUCCCAAACUUGACCACAACUUUAAGGUCAUUGUGGCCGAUGUACAGAAGGCCUGUGUCAGUCGCGCUUGUUUAAAAUCAAGAUCACCACUUCAAGGUUAACAAAAUCUUGAGGAUGGAGGUAUAUAGCUCUCACCACUUCAAGGUUAACAAAAUCUUGGGGAUGGAGGUAUAUAUCUCUCUUGGACUGCCUUGUUCAAAAUUGUAACAACAUUUUAUGCUUAAAUUUGUUUAGAGAACAAAAUGUAUUUUCCAAAGAGAAGCACCAUUCUUUGCUGGGUAUUUUCACAUGUGUUCACUUUGAAGUAUAUUUAAUGAGGGUUUAAAAAAUGUUUAUGUUUAAAAUUCCAUGUAUGCAACAUUGGUGUUUGCUUAAAGGUAAAUGUCACAUAUGUGAAAUAGGUUUUAUGUGAAGCAAGCGUUACAAAUGACAGGUCAAUAACUGCUUUAUUGUAUUUUAACAUUAUGUGUGACAAACAACAAUGAUUUUUAUAUCCAGUGAAAUACAUAGGGGUCAUGCGUGUCCUUUGGAUACAUUCCUAGUUUGAGAAAUGUGAAAAAGCCUUGUAGUUGUGAAGAUGGUUUAGUGAUCAGGCUUAUUGCAUCUAUAUCUCCAUUAAAUGAUUUUAGAAAACUUGUUUUUGUUUGAUAUACAGUUAUCUGAUAUCAUAAUCAGAAUUAUUUAUAGUAUUCUCUUUCUUUUUCGCAUAUAUAACUUGGUGUUGGCUUUUCUUAAACAUGUACUAGAGUAGGUUUGUAAACACACUGUAACAAAAUGCAAGGGAUCUAUUAAGGGGUUGUAUUUAAGAAACAUCUCACAAUAUUUCCAGAACAUGACCCCAUGUGUCCUUUCCGAUUGGGUGCUUGUGAUUAGGACAUUGCCAUUUGUAUGAAUACUUGUUCUUGAUUACUGUUAAUUAUUCUUCAUGUGUAGCAUGUACCAACUGCAUAAAUACAAGUGUUUGUAAAAAUAUAA